AUGUCUCAAAAGUCAGCUCCAUUCGUAACGGUGGACGUUUUCACUGCUGAAAGCUUCUCGGGUAACCAAUUGGCUAUUGUGAAGGUCGGGAAGGAGAGCCUAUCAAAAGAGCAGAAGCAGAAAAUUGCCCGAGAAUUCAACUUUUCCGAAACAGUUUUUUUGUACGAUGAUGACCCCUCUCAAUCACCUCGAGUGGACAUUUUCACCCCGGUAAAUGAGAUGGACUUUGCAGGUCAUCCAGUCAUUGGAACCGGCCAUGUGCUGUUCCGCAAUAUGUUUCAACAAUCUCCAGUUUCUACCACAGAUGGACAGGAGAUGCGGACGCUGAUAACGAAGGCUGGACCGGUGACUAUUCGCUAUGACCGAGAAAGUCGGGUUGUCUCGGCAGAAAUCCCUCACGACAUACACACUCAUUCUAAGUUCGCACCUGCAGAAACUCUCCUUGUCACUCAAUCUUCUCUCCGAAAAGACUCAAAUGCCGCACGCCUGCAAACAGGAUAUCCCGUCGUAUCCAUUGUCAAAGGUGUCACCUACGUCCUGGCCGAUUUCACCAAUUUCCCAGAUCUGUUCGCCAGUGUGUCUGCAAGUGCUAGCCCAACUGUUGAUUUGGAUGAUGGAUGGAGUCCAUCCUUUACUGGUACGAUGUACUAUCGUCGGCUUGGUGCUGCCCGCAUGGAGCAAGACACAACAGUACAGGAUCUUCGUGUACGCAUGAUUGCGAUCAACUUGGAAGAUCCCGCGUGUGGUAGCGGCUCAGCCGCAUUAGCAACAUUCCUCGCACUACAGGAUGGCAAGGAAAACGGGAAAUAUAGAUUUAACUUUGACCAGGGAUCAGAGAUUGGACGGCAAAGCUAUAUCACUGUGGAGGUGCAUUUGAAUGGACGUGGGGACGGGGUGUCGACAAUCCUUCUUGCCGGUGAAGCAGCCUUAGUGACGAAUGGAUGGAUCCGUCUUCCUGAAUAG